GAGAGACCCGUCUGCUGUCUGUUUCACACCUGCUCACUACCAAACCUCAGUCUGAACUCUCAUUCUCAUACCCGCUCACGCGCUGUUGGACCAUGCUGACCCGUCUGUUCUGUAUGCAUGGCCUCCUGGUGGCUUCCCACCCCUGGGAGGUGAUUGUUGGCACAGUAACCCUCACCAUCUGUAUGAUGUCCAUGAACAUGUUCACUGGCAAUGACCAAAUCUGUGGCUGGAACUUUUACUGCCCCAAAAAAGAAGAACAAAUUCUGAGCAGUGAUAUCAUCAUCCUGACCAUCACACGUUGCAUCGCCAUCGUCUAUAUUUACUUCCAGUUCCAGAACCUGAGACAGCUGGGAUCCAAAUAUAUUUUAGGCAUUGCUGGCCUUUUCACCAUAUUCUCCAGCUUCGUAUUCAGCACAGUGGUCAUUCACUUUCUUGAUAAAGAGCUCACAGGCCUCAAUGAGGCUUUGCCAUUCUUCCUGCUUCUCAUUGACCUCUCCAAAGCAUGCGCUCUUGCCAAGUUCGCAUUAAGCUCGAGUUCUCAGGAUCAAGUGAGGAACAACAUUGCUCGUGGCAUGGCAGUACUGGGACCUACCUUCACUCUGGACGCCCUGGUGGAGUGCUUAGUGAUCGGAGUGGGAACGAUGUCAGGUGUGAGGCAGUUGGAAAUCAUGUGCUGCUUUGGCUGCAUGUCUGUCUUGGCCAACUAUUUUGUGUUUAUGACCUUCUUCCCUGCAUGUGUCUCACUGGUGCUGGAGUUGUCCCGUGAGAGUCAGGAGGGCCAUCCUAUCUGGCAACUGAGCCAUUUCUCUAGAGUGAUGGAAGAGGAGGAGGAUAAUAAACCCAACCCUGUAACCCAGAGAGUCAAAAUGAUCAUGUCUCUGGGCCUGGUGAUGGUUCACGCACAUAGCCGCUGGAUCGCCGAGCCCUUGUCCAUCAACACCACAGUGGGUAUCCCACAGGUCGGCACUGAGCUGGACCACCUCUCACCGAGGAGGAUCGAGCCAGAGAAACCGCUUUGGCACUUCUACCUCACCAGGAUGAUAACCAUGGACAUAGAACAGGUGAUCUGUCUGGCUUUGGCUCUGCUGCUGGCUAUCAAAUACAUCUUCUUUGAGCAGGUUGAGAUGGAGUCUACACUCUCACUUAAGAACCCCAUCACUAUGUCCGCUCCCGCCCACCGACGGCCCACCGAAACCUGCUGCAGGAAGGAGCCACCAGUUCCCCAACCCCUCGCCCCCACCCACAGCCUGGCUAUCAGGGCACGUGCCAAUCGGUCAGAGAGAGAUGAGGUUAUCCGGCCCCUGUCUACCCCAGCAGCUGAUCCCCAACCAAAGUGCUUCUUUGUCGUGGGGGAUGAAGAGGAAGAGCUAAAGUCUGAGGCCAAUCAGCCGAGCCUCCCCCCAAAGCCCAGAGGUCUGGACCAAUGUGUGGCCAUCCUCAACAACCCUGAGCUGGGGCCUCGUUUCCUGAGUGAUGCUGAGGUGAUGCUGCUGGUCAACUACAAACACAUCCCUGCAUAUAAACUUGAGGCCACAAUGGAGAGACCAGAGAGAGGAGUGGCCAUACGAAGACAGAUGAUAUCUGCAAAGCUUCCCUCUCCUUCUGCGCUCUCUUCCCUGCCAUACGCCCACUAUGACUACUCCAAGGUUAUGGGCACCUGCUGUGAGAAUGUGAUUGGCUACAUGCCCGUACCAGUGGGCGUGGCUGGACCACUGCAUCUGGAUGGGAAGCAGUUCCAGGUUCCCAUGGCAACUACGGAGGGCUGCUUGGUUGCCAGCACCAACCGCGGUUGUCGAGCAAUUGCGCUGGGAAGUGGAGCCAGCAGUCGUAUCCUGGCUGACGGCAUGACUCGAGGACCUGUAUUGAGGCUGCCUUCUGCCUGCCAGGCUGCUGAGGUCAAGGCCUGGCUGGAGAGCACAGAUGGUUUUCAGGCCAUCAAAGAAGCCUUUGACAAUACCAGCAGGUUUGCUCGGCUCCAGAAACUCCUGGUUGGUCUGGCUGGGAGAAAUCUCUACAUCCGCUUCUAUUCCAAGACUGGAGAUGCCAUGGGGAUGAAUAUGAUCUCUAAAGGUACAGAACAGGCUCUGAGCAGACUGCAGCAGCACUUCCCAGAGCUGCAGGUGGUGGCUGUCAGUGGGAACUACUGCACUGACAAGAAACCAGCCGCCAUCAACUGGAUCGAAGGCAGGGGCAAGUCUGCUGUCUGUGAAGCCACCAUCCCCGCUAAAGUAGUCAAAGAGGUUUUGAAAACAACGACAGAAGCUCUGGUGGAGGUUAACAUCAGUAAGAACCUGGUGGGCUCAGCCAUGGCAGGGAGCAUUGGUGGAUUUAACGCUCAUGCAGCCAACCUGGUGGCUGCAAUCUUCAUAGCCUGCGGACAGGAUCCAGCCCAGUCAGUGGGCAGCAGUAACUGCAUCACCCUGAUGGAACCAUCAGGACCAACAGGGGAGGACCUGUACAUCAGCUGUACGAUGCCUUCUAUAGAGCUGGGCACUGUAGGAGGAGGCACCAACCUGCCCCCUCAGCAAGCCUGCCUCCAGAUGCUGGGCGUGCAGGGAGCCAGCCAGGACUGUCCAGGGGAGAACGCCCGGCAGUUAGCCAGAGUUGUGUGUGCCACUGUGCUGGCUGGAGAGCUCUCACUGAUGGCUGCUCUGGCUGCUGGACACCUGGUCAAGAGUCACAUGACACACAACAGAUCCAAGGUGAAUUUACAGGAGACUCAGGGAACGUGCAGCAGGAAAGCCUCCUGAGAGCCUGAGAGCAGCUUGGCCUCCUUCAGUGAGCCCAGGUCACUGGACAGAUCAGUAAAUCCAGGAAAAUAUGGACAAUCUGGAAGGGACUAAUCAUUCAUGCAUGAGAAACAGACCUCAGACAUCUUCGAAGUGACACAGGAUUAUCUUGUGACCAAUCUCUAUGCUGGAUAUAAAAACGAUCCAUGCAAGCUAAUCAGACUAUUCUUUGCGAAAAAAUUCAUUUUCUGUAUCUGGUUGUGUCUUAUUGAGCUGGCUAGAAGCAGUUAAUUACUGGCUUCUUUUAUUUCCACAGUUAAGAAUGCUGCCAGGUUUUUUUGGGAAACAGACAAUUUGGGUUCAAAUGAAACAUUUCUGCUCACUUUACCAAAUGGAACACUGUGAACACAGAACGAUACUACCUAAAAGGUGAAGGUUUCGUAUUGUUGAAUGUGUGUGGCUGGGCAUGAAAACUAGAGAGUAAUUCUGCUUAUUACAAAUUCUGCAUCAUUUGAUUUCUUCAUCACGGUGGCUUGUGAAGCUAAUAAGGACAUGUAGUGUCACAGUGGUGAGGCAGCCCACAAGAUUCAGCAGUACUGGGAAGCAGACUCGAGUCCUGGUUCAACCAUAAGAAGACAGAAGGAUUAUGCAUGACUGAUUUAAGGAGAGAAUAAAUAUGCGUGAAUGAAUGAAUGAUUAUCUGGAUCCAAAAGGCACUUUAAGACUGCAAGAGUUUAUCUGCAUGUACACAACAGGAUAGGUGAGCACAAAAUCAGGACUGUGUCCUUCAAAAAUGGAGGGAGGAUAGAUAAAAAAGAUGACUGACAUGAUGGCUUCAUGUACCUGUACUGCUAAUAGGACUAUGCAACAAGUCAUUCGCCCAUUUAUGUUGAGAUUAUACUGUCUAUGUACCAUAAAGCAACAAAACCAAGAGCUCAACUGGCCUCAGUACUGCAUUUCCAGUACCAAAGGAAAUUACUUUAAAGAGCUAUGUUUUACUCCAUUUAAUACAAAAGUGUUUUAGAGUAUCUGUGGAAAUAAACUGGCAGACUUUGCUUGAGUCAUGUACUGUAAUCCCUUGCAUAGUGCAUUUAAUGAAGACAAAGUUAUGAUGCUACUUUGUGGUGAUUAAGUGAUAGACUUAUCCUAUCAAUCCGUCUACAUUUUAAAUUGCAUUGGCAUACAUCAUUGAUGCUUAAAACAUGUAAUGUGCUGCAGAUGUGGUGCUGAUAAAAUGAAAUCACUUAAAGUAAGUCUUCCUGUUGUACCAGCAGAUGGCAGAUAUUUUGGAUAUAUUUUGUAAUAAAUGCAAAAGGACUUUAGAGUGA